UAAAAAUGGAGCGCUAAAAGUUUUCUUACGACGACAGCAUACAUUUGAUACGACUGUCGUUUUACAUUCAAAUCAAAGCAAACUCAAGGCACGACAGAAUUUUUGGGAGCGUAUCAUCUCAGUUUCAGCUCAGAUUUGAGAUCUUGAGGCCCGAUACAGAACAAUGGGUAGCGAAGAGGACCCGGUGAAGAAGUCUCAGGUGGUGGAUGCCCGGGCUCGGAACAUUAGUCAUAAUGUUCGAUGCACUGAAUGUGGGAGUCAGUCCAUUGAAGAUUCACAAGCGGAUAUUGCCAUUUUGCUUAGAAAGUUAAUUCGGGAUGAAAUUCAUGCUGGGAAGAGCGAUAAAGAGAUAUAUAAGAAGCUCGAAGAGGAUUUUGGGGAGACAGUACUUUAUGCCCCAAAAUUUGAUCUGCAGACUGCAGGCUUGUGGUUAUCACCGCUUGUCGUUGCUGGUGCUGCUGCAGGAAUAUGGGCAUAUAACAGGCACAGGCAAAAGACUAAUGUCCACAUCAUGGCCUUGAACCUUGUUAGAGGUGUUCCAUUGACCCCGAAUGAGAAGCAAACCAUGUUAGACCUCCUCACGCCUCCGCCUUCACGAGGAACUCCUUCCUCAUUGUGGAGGAGGUGGAGAGAACAAUGAUGCAUCCUCUUCCACAAGCCUUGGUUUUCCAUUUUAUACUCGAAACUGUGUGGUAGAAAUUAAUGAACUAUAGCUAAACAAGGAUAGGGUCCGAAGAUGUAAAUCGACUUGUUAAGUAGUUUGUUUUCUUUGAGUACGCUCUGUCAAUGCAAAAUAAAUCUGAUUUUCAUACA